CGACAACCCCCCUAUGGGCACAACAACGUCAUUUACGAUGAAGGCGACGUCGAACGAUAACGCGGCGGCCGCGUCGAUUCGAUUCUUCCGCACCAAGUGCUCGCACGCGGACCUGUUUCGCGAGUCGUACAUUCGGUGCUACCAAAACCACGGUCUUAAGGUCAUUCGGUUCGUACAGCCACGAUGGGUAGCUCGAUCAUGCGGCGCUAGGUGUUUUCCGCAUUGCUGCCCACACAUGGAGUAUCGUGGAUGUGGGGCGUCGUUGAGUCUCCAUGUGGACCAUUCUGGACGAGCCGACGCCAAUCGUCUCCAAGCGUUUGGGCGAUUCCAAGUCGCGUCCGAGCCGUUCUUUGCUCCCAACGACAUUAUCCCGCUGGCCACGUUUACGAGCGACCUGCGCAGCCAGCGAAAUGCGUUGGGGACGUGGCUGCGUGGGGAGCGGCACGCACCCGAACGUGGCGGUGGCGAGGUGCCGACGGCGGCUGUGUUUCACUUCAACGAAAAGCGCACGGAUGGAUGGCAUUACACGUGGCAAGGGGGCUCGAGCACGAAGAAGCGAGAAGAAUUGCAUCAGUUUCGGGUAUACGUUGUGUCGAGAGAUUCCGAUAGCAACGACUGCGCUGUGGUAUGGAGCGCUGGCACGCCCCCCUUCAAACUGUCGUCGUAUCGGCGCGCGAGACAGAACGAUGAGCCGGUGAUAGCGCCGCAAUCCAAAACCCGCAUGACCCGAGCGUCGAGUCAUGCCCAGCCUCAUGCGCCACUCGUGGUGGACGCCACCCCGAGUCGAAUCCAACAGCAUGCGCACUACUUGCGCACGCUGCACGACUUUUGCACGUCCAUUUCGAUUGACGACAUAGCGCGCCCCGACUGGCUGGCAUUUGAACAGCGGCUGCUGUGCCAAUCUCGCCGUUGGAUUCAAUCCGCCGCAGCAGCAAAUAUUCCGUUUGCGACGUCCUUGCUCCAUCCAGAUCACCUGAGAGUGUCGCGCAGCAUCGAGUGGGGGACACAGCAUGAGUUGGCGCUCGACUUGAUGUGGCAAUGGUUCACCCCCGCCUUAUUCCACCGCCUCCACGCGUUUGCAGCGGACCACGCCGUCGAAGCCAACGACGAGGUGCCGCAAGUGUACUACGAAUGGAUCGGCACGCUGUACGCGAUCGUGGAGGACAUGCUGGCCGCCCAUUCGGAAACAGUAGAGCGCUUGGCACAUCGCUUGGACCAACGCAACCGUGCGGCGUUCGACGGGGACGACGACAAAAUUGGGUUGCAUGCCGUGCUCUGCACGUUACAAGAAUGCGCCAAGCUCAAGGCCGCGGCACGAUCCGACGAUGCGCCGGCAAACUGCCGCUACCAAGGCCUGUGGGUGUUGGCAAACGUCCAACUGCGCCGCAUGGACCUUCGACCGUCGCUCGCCACUUUCUUUCGCGUGUUUACCAUGUUGUUUGCCGUCCACUCGCGCCUGGACGGCGAUGUCUUUUUUGUAAUAACCACUAGUAUACUGCUCGACACGGUCCUGGCCCUCAUGUUUGCGUGUCAAGGUCAACUCACACGUCCCGAUGUUGCUCGCGACGAGGACCGCAUUCCGCUUGAACGGCCAGCCCCACCGGUUUGACGCGUUCCCGAACGGCGAAGCUUGCGGACUCGACAGGCGCCACAUCCACGGCGACUACAUUGGCUGGACCGAGCUCGGCACGAUUCAGCUGUGGGUGUACACGUGGUCGGUCGGUGGCCCGCCGUGGUGCAGUCUGUUGCGGGUGUGCAUUUCGCUCGAUGUGCAAGACACCGCCGUGUGCCGCGCUACGUGGAACUUGGA